AUGUGCUACCGAGUCGUCGAGCGCUACGCUGCCUGCAAAUGUCUCUAUUUUGAGCACUCAAUCGACCCCUGCUCCUCCUUCGGCCAGCGCGGCCAUUCCGUUCUAGAAAAGACCGUGCUGGUCGGGUAUGUCUGCUCGAGACAUACUCGCUGUGCCUCGACCACUGCUGCUCCAGCGGGGACGGGGACCAGGAACCGCUGGCCGGAUUCUGGGUAUUCGAGUAAGGGAUCAGGUCGGUAG